UCGCCAACAGCGCUGGAAACGCUUCCCGAAAAACUAAUUUGUGAUCCAUGACCGAUUUGGCUCCGCUGGAAGAACUCGGUGUGUGUUUAUUCCAGCCGCAGCGCGCAGAGGGACAUGGAGACCAGGAGCACGGUGGCAGUCUGCUGCGUGGCGUCGUUCUGAACCGGGGAGCGUGGUGAAUCCUGCAGCUGUGCAUGGAGGACCUCAGUAAUCCAGGAGGAGGAGGAGGAGGAGGACCGGGCUCCGUGCGCACCGUGGCCGCGGUCAGCGCGCCCGCUCUGUCCGGAGCGCGGCUCACCUUGCCGGGAGUCAUGGACGCGGAGGGGAGGGUGGACGAGUCCCGGCUGAGGAUGCACAUCUUCAAAAAUGGUGGCGUGUGUCCCUCUGAGCGAGGCCUGGCGUGGCGGUUCCUGUUCGGGAUGUACCCGUGCGGCACCACAGCUCUGGAGCGAUCGCUGCUGCAGGAGCAGCUGCUCGUUCGAUACCGGGUCAUGAAGAAGAAGUGGCAGCUCUUUCUCCCGUCGGCCGUGCGGAUGCACCUGAACGGCACUGAUGCUGCGCUGGUGGCAGCAGUGCGGUACUUUGACCAGCGGGAGGCACAGGCUCAGCAGGAGACCCAGGAACAGUCGGAGGCGCUCAGGGACCGACUGGCUUUUUUGGAGCUUCAGGCUCAGAUCUUAUUUGAGCGGGUGACGUUUGAGCAGCGCGAGCUGCAGGAAGCCAUUCGAAUCAUUGAUAAGGACGUUCCGCGGACCAACAGAGACCUGAGCUUUUACCAGAAUGAAGGUUUAGGGAAUCUUUUGGUGUUGAGAGAUAUCCUCAUCACUUUCGCUGCUUUUCACCCAGAGGUGAGCUACGCCCAGGGGAUGAACGACCUGUGCAGCCGCUUCCUGGAGGUUCUCGACUGUGAGGUCGACACUUUCUGGAGCUUUUCCUGCUACAUGGAAAAGUUCUCCAGGGACUUCAUGGUCGAUGGCUUGCACAGAAAAAUAGAGCUGGAAGCUGCGCUGUUAAAGGAGCUGGAUCCUCCACUUUACUCUCAUUUGGCCAGUGACAGCUUGGAGAGUUUCACAUUCUGCCACAGGUGGUUGCUGCUGGGUUUCCAGAGAGAGUUUAAUCAAAGUGACGCACUGCGUUUGUUUGAGAUCCUGAGCUGCGACCAUCUGGAGCUCAUUUCUCAGCAAGUCGAUCGAGCUCGCUAUCAGGAGAGACUGGCACGGAAAUACAGCACGGAUGACAGCUCGGAGGCGGAGCUUCAGGCCAUCAACACUGACUUCACCUUUGAGCUUUUCAUCUGUGCGGCCAUCCUGCUGGACAACAAAGAGUCUCUGCUGAAGUGCCGAGACGACGUCCAGCUCAUCCAGUUCAUUAACAGCCUUCAAGGAAGACUGGACCUGAACAGCACCCUGAAGAAUGCAGAGCAGCAUUUGUACCACUACUGUAAACGCUGUGCGUGGGAUUACAUGAACGGACGCUUCAGAGGACACAGGAGCAAAGACGGGGACUUUUUAUUCCAACUCCGGAGCCUUUUUGUUUUAAAACAAUAGGAUCUUUUUAAAUGAACUGACUGACUAUCACAAUAUUUUUUUUAAGCAAAUACUUUGUACCUUCUGACAGAAAAGUUGUUUUUCUAACACAUUUUCUUACCUCAGAAAAAGAAGUGCUAACUUUUUAUGUUAUGCAACAUUCUGCUUCGAGCAGUGAGUAAGUAGUAGGAUGUGGUGUGUUGCAACAGGUGCCUUCAGUAACAAACUGCAGUUUUAUUUAAGGCCAGAUGGUGUGUGUGUGUGUGUGUGUGUGUGUGUGUGUGUGUGUGUGUGUGUGUGUGUGUGUGUGUGUGUGUGUGUGUGUGUGUGUGUGUGUGUGUGUGUGUGUGUGUGUGUGUGUGUGUGUGUGUGUGUGUGUGUGUGUGUGUGUGUGUGUGUGUGUGUCAGAGAGGCUUGUGCAGUAAGAAUAGCUCAGCUGUGGCAGAGGUGCCAUGCAGCAAAGGGGAAGAAACAUGUAUUGCACAAAUGUGUCUUGAGUAAGAAAUUGAAGAGACGCUUAAUAUCAGGCACGCUGUGCCUCAAUAAAAUAAUAAAGGUUGUGUUUAUG